AUGUCUCAGGGGAUCCCCGCUGCGGGAAGCCCUUUGCAACGAAGUUCCUCGUCCGAGGAAACUCUGCAGAGUCAUGAUGAUGAUGAAAGACGAGUAAGACGGAGAGAGAAAAACAGAGUCGCUGCCCAGAGAAGCCGAAAGAAACAAACUCAGAAAGCAGAUAAACUCCAUGAGGAAUAUGAGUGCCUUGAACAAGAGAAUACUUCUCUAAAACGGGAGAUUGGAAAGCUGACAGAUGAAGUGAAACAUCUGAGUGAAGUGCUGAGGAACCAUGAGAAAAUCUGUCCCUUGUUACACUGCGCUUUAAACUUUGGGUUGAUUCCCAGACAUGAAGCCCUCCUUGGUCCCUUGCCAAGAUAAGGCUCCCUCCUGAGAAAUCUGAAAGAAUGAGAAGAUUUCAAGACACUCCACUAUCGUCAUUUUAGCCAUCAUGUUGCAUGACUACACACAUUCUUAGAGCAGCCUGUGCUACAUCUAGUGUUACCUUGGAGUCCUCCAACCAUCAAGAAUUAAUGUUGAUGUUUAAAAGCCCUGGACUGCAGCCUUAUGAGAGUAAUUUUCAACUGAGCAGGAUAUCUUCUGCCUGUUUCCACUAUGCAUUCCAUACUCAGCAUGGAAUAGGAAAACUUGUAUGCUGGAAUUGCUAGACUAUGAAA